AUGGUUGCUGUCAGUCACGUUGAAGAAGACGAAGACGAAGAAGAAGAAGACGAAGAAGAAGAAGAAGAAGAAGAAGAAGAAGAGCUGCAUGUCAGCGAAGUCAGGACAGAUGUUCAGCUGGAUUUAUGGCCGAGUGUGCAGAUCCAAGAGGUCCUUGCAUCUUUCCUCAGUCAUCUCUUGAGCUGCUUGCUGCAGCAGGAGCAUACCAGCUCACCUACAACUCAUCUCAAACACUGUAAAACUACUCUGGACUUCACAAUGGGCUGCAAAAGGCUGAAGCAUAUUAAUGGUGACACUGGGUGAGAGGCAGGCUACGCCAGGUCAUCAGUCCACCACAGGGCUCACACAAGGACCAGUUAACCUACCAUGCAUGGAUUGUGGGAGUAACCUGGAGAAAACACAAGUAGGCACAAGGAGAGCAAACUCCACACAUUGAAAAAGUGAUUUCACACCAUUGUAUAGCGGUCAAAGAUGGAGACAAAGUCAUAAAACCAUCACAGGAUCUAAAACAGAGACAAUAUACAAGUUUUAAUCUACCUGAAGUCAGUGUCUCUGGAUUGUGAAAGGAAGUUAAUAUGAUACAGUUUCUAUUAAUAUGGGCCUAUAUAGUCUAGAUUCCUUCUGUGCAGAUUGCAAACAAAGUAAUGUAUCAUGUUCUAUAAAAGAUUUAAUUUUCAUGUCAGAAUAGAGCUUUCAUGAAGCAUUAUGGAUUUAAAAUGCACAAAUGACCAAUAAAUGAAACACAACCAAUAUAGUGGAAAGCCCUGUUUUCAAAUUAUG